GGUCCGUCACCAUGGGCUCGGUGGGAGCCGAGCGCUUCAAGGACGCCAGCCCGGCGGGGACGCCGGAGGGCAACGUGGUGAUGAGCUUCAGCUUCGACAGCUACCAGCUGGAGGAGGAAGAGCUGCAGGGCAAAGGGAGCCAGGCCAAGGGCGUCCUCACCUUCAUGGAGCCAGGGAUAGUUUCUGAGGACCCUGAGCCCCAGGACCGAUACCACGGGAUUUACUUUGCCAUGCUGCUGGCCGGGGUGGGAUUUCUCCUGCCGUACAACAGCUUUAUCACCGAUGUGGACUAUCUGCAUCAUAAAUACCCAGGGACCUCCAUCGUCUUCGACAUGAGCCUCACCUACAUCCUGGUGGCCUUGGUGGCCGUCCUGCUCAACAACGCGCUCGUGGAGCUGCUGAGCUUGCACACGCGCAUCACCGUGGGCUACCUCCUCGCCCUGGGGCCCCUGCUCUUCGUCAGCAUCUGCGACGUGUGGCUGGAGCUCUUCUCCCACCGGCAAGCGUACGCCAUCAACCUCAUCGCCGUGGGGGUGGUGGCCUUCGGCUGCACAGUGCAGCAAUCCAGCUUCUACGGCUACACCGGGCUGCUGCCCAAGCGCUACACGCAGGGGGUGAUGACAGGCGAGAGCACUGCCGGAGUCAUCAUCUCCCUCAGCCGUAUCUUCACCAAGCUCCUGCUGUCGGACGAGAAGGAGAACACGGUCAUCUUCUUCUUCAUUUCCAUUGGCAUGGAGCUGACGUGCUUCAUCCUGCACCUCCUGGUGAAGCGCACCCGCUUCGUCCGCUACUACACCAGCGGCUCCCACAAGGGCCUCCCCGAGUCCAAGGGGAGCAGGGAAAGCGGGACGGGAUACCGGGUUCACCACGAUGUCACUGCAGACGACGUCCGAUUUGAGAACAGGACUCGAGGACAGCCAGUGUCCCCCACGGGCAGCCUGGCACAUGAAGCAGAACUGGCCGGCAGUGGGACCUAUAUGCGCUUUGACGUCCCUCGGCCCAAAAUCAAGAGGAGCUGGCCAAGUUUCAGAGACAUGCUGCUCCACCGCUACGUGGUCUCCAGGGUCAUCUGGGCCUACAUGCUCUCCAUCGCGAUGACCUACUUCAUCACACUGUGCCUCUUUCCCGGGCUGGAGUCAGAGAUCCACAACUGCACUCUGGGGGAAUGGCUGCCCAUCCUCAUCAUGGCCAUCUUCAACCUUUCGGAUUUCGUUGGCAAGAUCCUGGCUGCCCUGCCUUAUGACUGGAGAGGGACCCACCUCCUCAUCUACUCCUGCCUCCGUGUGGUCUUCAUCCCCCUCUUCAUCAUGUGCGUGUACCCUAAUGGCAAACCCACCUUCGGCCACCCCGCGUGGCCCUGCAUCUUCUCCCUCCUCAUGGGCAUCACCAACGGCUACUUCGGCAGCGUUCCCAUGAUCCUGGCCGCCGGCACAGUGAGCCCGGAGCAGCGGGAGCUGGCAGGUAACACCAUGACCGUGUCCUACAUGACGGGGCUGACGCUGGGCUCCGCCGUGGCCUACUUCGCCUACAGCCUCACCAGCGCGUCCCACAGCAGCUGCUUCCACACCGAAACCCUCAAUGGCUCCUUCACAGCAGGGUACUGA